CAACAAAGGGCAGCAAAGUUAAACACAAAGUUGGAAUGGACAGAGAACGGCGUGAAGAUGAUAAUGGGGCCCGCCCCGGGCAUCAAAUGGGAUGAAACAAGGCCGCGCAAGACAUGGUUCAACUCCUUGGUGGCUGCUUACACCGCAGAGGGCGGCGACCGGAAAGAUUCCGAGAAGAUGGGGGUGAGUUUUGGUGACGGAAAACCCUUGCCGGAAAAUGUAAUCCAUGACUGUCUGAAGAUCAUGGAAGAGGAAAGCAUUGAUAUUCCAUGGCAGAAAGGGGACAUUUUGAUGAUUGAUAAUCUUGCAGUUCUUCACUCUCGAAAACCAUUUACCCCUCCACGUAGGAUUUUAGCUGCACUCUGCAAGUAG